UUUGCUUCUAUAGAACACUAGGGACGAGAAAGCGGGAAUCAUGGCGGCAGCCUUGUGGGAUAGCGGCGGCGGCGAAGAAUUCUCGCCGUCGGCCACCGUUGUUCCCUUCGACCAGCCGGUUCCUCUCCUCCGAGGUCCCGUUCCGGCGGGCCCUGAAGAUGAUCCCUCGGUGGGACCCUUCGUGCUCGCUUUCAAGGACGCCGCGAGUUGGAGAUCUGCGCUCGAGGCCACGCGGUCCAAACUCAUCGAGCAGUGCCAGGCUGGAGCACGAGUCGGUUGUGCUAUUACUGCAUCAAACAAAUGCAAGCCUCCAUGGUGGAAAAGUUUAAUUGGAUAUACAAAAGCAGAUUUCGCAGAGAGGGAACGAUGUGAAGAGCAAGAGAUGGCUGCUUGUGUAGCAGCCUCUAAAGAGGCAUGUGUUAGUUUCUCAAAUGAGAAGUGUCUCCCUGUUUUCCGAGAUGCCAGGAUUGCCUGCAAAAGUUGGGAAGGAGUUUAUCUUGUUUAUGCUCCAGCUGAACAUGCAAAUUUGAAACCAAAUUGCGAGCAAGAAGAAAAUUCUUCUGAUUCAUCAGAGAGUAAUUCUGAAAGCACAAACUACAGAGCAAGCGUGUUGAUGGAGAAUUUUACAUGCAUUCUUGAAAAUGUACAGAAAUAGCACAAUGUAAUCUUUACAUGAUAUGUUUGUAAAAAUCUCAUUGCGAUGUGUA